AUGCCGCCGUAUAAUCUGCUGCUGUCCCUCUUGUUCACGAGUGCUGGGCUGGUCAAUGCCGCAGAUCGACAUCCACAGGAGGAUUACGAUGUCCUACAGUAUAUCAAUCCCUUGAUCGGCAGCGCCAACGGAGGAAAUGUCUUCCCAGGCGCCUCGCUGCCAUAUGGAAUGGCCAAGGCCGUUGCCGAUACAGACUCGGGGAGUAAUCAAGGAGGCUUCGCCCAUGAGGGCGGCAACGUGACCGGAUUCUCUAGUAUGCACGACUCCGGGACUGGAGGCAGUCCCUCAUUAGGCAAUUUCCCUCUGUUCCCCUAUGCAAAAUGUGCCGGCGACGAUGUGAAUGGCUGUGUAUACCCGAAGAACCAGCGGAAGCUAAGGUAUAAGCCUGACUCGGUCCAGGCCCAUCCGGGAUACUUCGGCAUAGAGCUGGCGUCGGGAGUCCAGGUUGAUAUGACUACUGCGCACCACACCUCCUUGUUUAGAUUCAAGUUCCCCGAAGAUGCUAGCAACAGCCCGCUGAUCUUGCUUGAUCUCACGGAUCUAUCGAAUUCCCGUCAGGACAACGCGACUAUUUCCGUGGAUGCCGAAACGGGCCGGAUGACCGGUGAUGCGCGGUUUGCUCCUAGCUUUGGAUCAGGAUCUUACGUAUUGCAUUUCUGUGCGGAUUUCCAAAGCCCGGCAGCUCUGAGAGACAGCGGUAUUUUUGUCAAUUCGCGCGCGAGCGCUGAUGUCCAUGAUUUGAAGAUCUCGCGAAGUAUCAAUGGGUAUCCACUUCCAGGUGGUGGAUUCAUACGUUUCCAGCCUGGAGAGGACAACACGGUCCUGGCUCGGGUGGGCGUUAGCUUCAUGAGCACACAACAAGCCUGUGCGCAUGCCGAGUCUGAGAUUCCAAAGUUCGACUUCGACACAACGCAUCAGACAGCAGUCGAUAAAUGGACCGAGAAAAUGCGUCCGAUCCGCGUCUCCCGGAACAACAUCGAUGCCUCCAUUCUGACUAACUUCUACAGCGGCAUCUACAGGACUAUGAUCAACCCCCAGAACUACACCGGCGAAAACCCACUCUGGCAGAGCAGCGAGCCUUACUUUGAUUCGUUCUACUGUCUCUGGGAUUCCUUCCGCUCUCAAAUCCCAUUCCUCACCAUAUUCGAUCCAUCUUCGGUAACGCAGAUGGUGCGCUCACUCAUCGAUACCCAGCGUCAUCUGGGCUGGCUUCCCGACUGCCGCAUGUCCCUAUGCAAAGGAUACACGCAGGGCGGCUCCAACGCCGACAACGUCCUGGCAGACGUCUAUCUAAAAGGCCUCAAAGACGGCAUCGACUGGGAGGCCGGAUACGCAGCUGUACAAAAGGACGCCGAGGAAGAGCCAUACGACUGGUCCAGCGAAGGCCGCGGCGGUCUACGCAGCUGGAAAGAUCUACACUACAUCCCAGUCGAAGACUUCGACUACGAGGGCUUCGGCACAAUGACCCGCAGUAUCUCUCGAACACUCGAAUACUCGUACAACGACUUCGUCAUUGCCCAGAUGGCCCGCGGCCUGAACAAGACAGCAGAUGCAGAACGGUACGAGAGAAGAUCCCGCUACUGGCAGAACCUAUUCAAAAAGGACCAGACGUCUUUCUGGCAAGGAAAGGACACCGGUUUCACCGGCUUCUUCCAGCCGAAGUAUCUGAACGGAACAUGGGGCUACCAAGAUCCACUCGCAUGCUCGAACAUCGACAAUAGCGGCAGCGUAUGUUCGCUCCAGAACACCGCGGGCGAAACAUUCGAAUCCAGUAUCUGGGAGUAUCAAUUCUUCGUUCCCCACGACAUGCAAUCCCUAAUAAACCUCCUAAACGGCCCAGAAGCCUUCACAACCCGCCUCGACUACCUCCACAACCAAAACAUAACCUACAUAGGCAACGAACCCGCCUUCCUAACAGUCUUCCAAUACCACUACGCCGGCCGCCCCGCAAAAUCCACCUCCCGCGUCCGCACCUACAUCCCAGAUUUCUUCUCGCCCACUCCAGCCGGCUUACCGGGCAACGACGACUCAGGCGCCAUGGGCUCCUUCGUCGCAAUGGCCAUGAUGGGCCUCUUCCCGAACCCAGGACAAGACGUGUACCUACUCACAGUGCCAUUUUUCGAGUCUGUCAGCAUCGUGUCGCCGUUGACGGGCAAGACGGCGACGGUGAAGACGGCUAAUUGGGCCGAAUUCAAUACACCGAAUGUGACCGGUGAUGCGGUUGGUGGGAAUGGGUUUAUUCAAUCGGCCACACUGGAUGGGGUGGAGUAUACGAAGAAUUGGAUUGGGCAUGAUUUCUUUACUGAGGGGAGGGAGUUGGUGCUUGUGCUUGGGAAGGAGGAGGGGGUUUGGGGGACUAAGAAGGAGGAUUUGCCGCCUUCGCUUGGGGAGAUUGGUGGGUUUGGAUUUGGGGGUGGGAAUGAGAGGAGGUGGGAGAGUAUGGUGGGAAUGAGUUAG